UCUUAAGUUGCAGGUAUGUCUUCGGAAGACGGAAAGCUCUUCGUGGGAGGGCUCAACUUCAACACCGAUGAGCAAGCGCUGGAAGACCACUUCAGCAGCUUCGGACCCAUCUCUGAGGUGGUCGUGGUCAAGGACCGGGAGACUCAGUGUUCCCGGGGUUUUGGCUUCAUCACCUUCACCAAUCCAGAGCAUGCCUCUAAUGCCAUGCGUGCCAUGAAUGGAGAGUCUUUGGAUGGCCGCCAGAUUCUUGUGGACCACGCAGGCAAGUCUGCCUGGGGAACCCGAGGGGGUGCCUUUGGGGCCCAUGGGCGUGGUGGCAGCUACUCCAGAGAUGGUGGGGACCAGGGCUAUGGGAGUGGCAGGUAUGACAGUUGUCCCGGAGGAUAUGGCUACGGAUAUGGAAGGUCCCGAGACUAUGGAGGCAGCCAGGGUGGUUAUGACCGCUACUCAGGAGGAAAUUUCAGAGAUAAUUACGACAACUGAGAUGAGGCAUGCACACCUAAUGUAGAUACACAAGUAAAACUUCUGAUCCAGGACCAUCCUUUCAAAUGGCUGUAUUCAUAAGGAUUUUUGGAGCUGCACUGAAACAACUUUUAGUAUGUCAACUUAUAUUUUUGA